AUGGCGACCGCGUUGACCUCACGAGACGAGCCUAAGACGGCCGAAUACGCUGGAGACGAGGUUUCUGCCCUGGUGCUCGAUCCUGGCUUCUCCAGCGUGCGGGCCGGCUUUGCAGGCGAAGACACCCCCAAAUCCAUUGUUCCUUCAUUCUACGCGUCAACCAGCUCCGGGCGGUACUUUGGGGACCAUGUGAUUGAUGUUCCGCGCGAGGAUGUGGAGAUCAAAAACCCCAUCAACAGAGACGGCAUUGUUGAGGACUGGGAUGCGGCCGAAGCGCUGUGGAAACAUUCCUUUGCGCACAAACUCACGGGGGUGCGGCCGAACAAGGCUCUGACGGAGUGGCUCAAUGAUCCGAAGUCAGUGCCCGACCUACAAAAGGCGAUGGCGGAUGCGGAGGACACGGAGCGCUGUUUAGAAGAGCAUCCUCUGUUCAUGACGGAGCCGGCAUGGAACACUGCCAAAAACCGGGAGAAAUGCGCGGAGAUCGCGCUGGAGUCGUGGGCCGCGCCAGCAUUCUACCUAGGACGGACGGGCGUGAUGGGCGCAUUUGCAGCGGGCCGCCCGACGGCGCUGGUGUUGGACUUUGGGGCGACGCAGGUAUCAGUGACCCCGGUGCAUGACGGGAUGAUUUUGAAGAAGGGGGUGAUGCGGUCGAAUAUUGGAGGCAACUACAUGUCAUCGCAGGUGCGCAACUUGCUGGCUGCGAACGAGCCGGAUCGCAUCACGAUCACGCCGCAUUACUUGGUACAAUCGAAACAACCGGUGGAUGCGGGACAACCAGCCAACUUUGUCCCGCGCAAGUUCCCCGAAGCAUUCACGGCGCCGCAACCAUCGUUCCGUCGGUACCAGGAGGAAAAGGUGAUAUUGGAAUUCAAGGAGACCGUGCUCCAGGCGUGGACCAACCCGAACACACCGUUCCGCGGCCAGGGUGAAGUGAUGGCGCGCGAACAACAAUAUGCGCACCCGUUUGAGUUUCCGGACGGCUACAACCAGCCGUUCUCGACGGAAGGGUUUAGGCUGGUGGAAUCUAUGUUCGAUGGGCAGUGCUACUAUCCUCCGCCGCCUGGGUCGGAGGAAGGAGCACUGUACCCGGCCCCUGAGCCGCAGGGAACGAUCCCGGGACUGGUGAAGGCCAGUCUGAGCCAAGUGGACGUGGACAUUCGACCGUUCUUGCUGGGCAAUGUGGUGAUCACGGGGUCGGGGUCGUUGAUCCGCGGGCUGCCCGAGCGCAUCCAGCUGGAAUUGAGCAAGAUGUAUCCCAGCACGCGAGUGCGGAUCCAGGCGUCGGGCAUGGCGGUGGAACGCAAGUUUGGGAGCUGGAUCGGAGGCAGCAUCGUGGCGAGUCUGGGGACGUUUCACCAGAUGUGGAUUUCCAAGAAGGAGUACGAGGAGCAUGGGGCGAGCAUCGUAGAGAAGCGGUGCAAGUGA